CGGCGGCAGCAGCAGCAGCAGCAGCAACACAGCGCGGCCAUCAGACGUAAACAAACACAAGGCCAGGUUGUGUCGUCAGUGUUACCUGGGGCUGUUGUCGUGACACCUCUGCACCUCCCACCUGUCACCGCAGCCAUGGAUAACUCGUCCUGGACAGCUCCCCCGGGGGCUGCUCAGCCCAUGGGGAUCCAGAGCACAGCGGGGGCCGUGCCUGUGAUGAAUGACAAGGGUGAGGUGUCCAUGAAGAAAGUGAAGGUGCAGCGUUAUGUGAGCGGCAAGCGGCCAGACUAUGCACCAGCCUCAUCAGAUGAAGAGGAGGAGGAGGAGGAGGACUUCACCCGGCCACAAAGAGGUGGACCUCCUUCCCCACCACACCACAAGUCCCUCACAGAGGCCGAGAUGGCCGACCCUCGACUGCGGCGUUUGCUGGCACAGCGUGCCCAGGCCGAGAGCGACGAGGAGAUGGAGACAGACGUCCCAAGGCGGAGGGUGACGCACCAGGCAGAGGUGGUGGACUUGAGCGAGGGUGAGGCUGAAGAUGACACCAAAGAAGAGGACCAGAUGGAGGAGGAGGAGGAGGAGGAGGAGAAACAGACGGACUUCAGUGCCAUGCCUGAGAUGAGAGCAAGUCACCGCCUGGCUGAAUCAGACAGUGAGUCUGAGGAUGAGGUGGAUGAAGAUGAGCUUGCACUGCGGCGACUCAACAUGCGCCAGCGGGCACUGAUGAAGGUCCAGCAGCAGGAGGAGCUCCUGGGAAAGGAGGAGGAGGGCAGUGAGGAGUCGUCUGAGGAGGAAAGCUCAGAAUACUCAGAAGAGACAGACUCAGAAGAGGAAGGGCCCCGGUUGAAGCCUGUGUUUGUGAGGAAGAAGGACCGUGUCACCAUCCACCAGAAGGAGCAGCAGCAGCUCAAGAUUAAGCAGCAAGAGGUGGAGGGGCGGAAGCGUGUGGAGGAACGGAGGCGAGAGACACUGCGGAUGAUUGAGCAGGAGAACCGUGGUGCGACGGGGGCGGGUCGGGGAACAGGGGCAGACACGAGUGAUCCCCUCAACACGAUUAACACGGAUGAUGAGGCAGAUGAUGCAGAGUAUGAGGCCUGGAAACUGAGGGAGCUGAGGCGCCUUAAGAGGGACAAGGAGGAGCGUGAGGCAGCAGAGAAGGAGCGGGAGGAGGUGGACAAGCUGCGCACCAUGGGGGAGGAGGAGCGGCGCGUGGAGCUCCGCAACAACCCCAAGGUGAUCACCAACAAGGCCACCAAGGGCAAAUACAAGUUCCUGCAGAAGUACUACCACCGAGGCUCCUUCUUCCUGGACACAGAGGAGGACGUCUUGAAGAGGGACUUCUCGGGAGCCACGCUGGAGGACCACUUCGACAAAACCAUUCUGCCAAAGGUGAUGCAAGUAAAAAACUUUGGGCGGUCUGGACGCACCAAAUACACUCAUCUUGUAGACCAGGACACCACUUCCUUUGACUCACCUUGGGCUGCAGACUCUCAGAUGAACCACAAAUUCUUUAAUGCCAAUGCUGGUGGAAUGAAGCAGAGCUUCGACCGCCCAUCCCUCAAGAAGCGGGUGGCUGCCCCCCCUCCCAAUGCUCCUGCUCCAAGGAAGUAAAGAGGCAGAGCAGGAUUACCUAAGUGUCCACUUCACAGAAGAGAUGAGAAGCCACUUCUGCAAAUAGUUUCCCAUGCAUUGUGCUGAAUGUAGGUUGUUUGUUGGCAGCCCAUGAGUUUGAUGUAUUUCUAUAUUAGUACCAUGCAGUAAAUACUGAGUAUUCUCCCCUCCAGCACUGAUCACUGUUGUCAGUAGUGUACAUGAGAUGAUCAUGUGUUGGCUUUUGGACACAGGGCCUCAGUGAUGGGGUGUGAGUGUGUUGGGCGGGUGGUAUUUGGUAUACAGUACAAUUGGUCAUCUCACACCUAUUGGUACAAAAAAAUUAUCAUGAGAUGCAAAACUGCAAGAUAUAACAUUGAAAUACAUGUAAAUAGUGUAAUAGGUAACAACAUCCAUUGUGUGAGCUAUCUGCAAUCAGCAGUCCUCACAUAGUGAAGCACAAGUUUGCACAUAUAUCAGCCCUAAAACCAAUGUUAGGUGUUCUCAUACUUGUGCUGUUCUCAAAAGAGCUGAGGUAGCUGCUGCAUUCACCUGGUCAAAGUCCACAGUCAGAAAGGCUUGUUGUGACUGUCAAAGGGGAAACAAAUAUGGCGUGUGGCUCAUAGGAAACCAGUAAAAGUAUCCGUGUCUUUAUCACUAUUCAUUUUGGUAGAUUCUCUUCCAUUGCAAGUAUUCGUAGCUGUCAAGACAUGAUACAAGGGCAGUGACAGAUACAGAAAGCAAGAACAGUACCUAUCCUCUAUUCCACUGCAAUCUUAAGUCUGAGCCAGCUGCCUGUUGCUCCAGUUUCCAGUGUCAGCAGCUCAUGUGGGCUGUAUACUUAUAACCCACCAGGAAAGGAAGCAUUCCAGUGAUGAGCAUGACCAUUGUGACUCUAUUUUGACUACAAUGGAUGAGUGGGACAGCUGCAAAUGCUAACUAUGAUACACAUUCAGGUAUAGGGUUUGUGCACCUUUGGAUGGUGAUUAAGGAAUUGUCAUAAACCUCUCAAUUUUCAAUAGUUCUCAGUAUGAGAGUACUUCUAUAUGACCAUUGCUGGGGGAACCAAACUACUAAUAUUAUUACAACUAUUCUGUAUCUAACUUGAGAGUUAACAGAAAACAUUGUAUGUAAAAUGUAAUAUCUGUAAAAAGUGGAAGGAUUCUUGUGUGUGAGAGUGCAUUUGUUCUUUUUAAAGAUAAGACAAUAAACCAUUCAUGCUCAGAAACUUGCAGAAACUUUUGUAUUGGACAUAUCAUGUUUGGUUAACUAUGUAUAUCUUGUGUAUAUGACUCAGUAGGCCAGGGAUUUAUUUGUAUUGCAAAUAUGUAUGAUGAUAUUAAAUACAUUGAUCAUGCAUCAUUCAUGAUCAUCAUUUUCUUUUUAAAGAGUUUCACUCAUGCUUGGCUGUGUUGGUCCCAUCACCCAACAGCCUACCUGCACAGGCCUACAUCACUGGAUCUGUUCAUUCCAGAUUUUCUUGGGUACACCUCUGAAAACUUUACCAGCUACAUUAGGUCUCAACAUUUUUUUUUUCCAAAAUUAUUCUUGACCAUCCUCUUAAUAUAAUCCUGUAGUAUGUAAUGUUUAUAUUAAUGUAGAGGAGCAAGACACCUCCAUCUGAAGCUUUGUUCCCCAAAUCUCAAAUUACUAUCUCUUUAAAAUGGAAAUUAAUUCUGUGAGCCAAAUAGUGAAGAUCAUACAGCUAGACUUGCAAGGCAUUACCACUUCUCACAUAGUAAGAAUCAGUGACCAUUUUAUUUUGAGUUUAGGGGCUUUGUAAUGCACCACCAGCUCGCAGACAGACAAGAGACUGGUACUGCUCUGCUGGUUCAUACACCGAAAUGUUGAUGACCUGAAGCUGUAAAUAUUUCUUUAGUUCACUAAAGCCUUAAAUUAAGGCACUCCUAUGACCCAAACUUUUAUUUUACUUAUUCCACCAGUCCCUACCUUGCAUCUCCCACUAGCUCUUGCAAGUCUUUCACCAUCCAGGCUGACUCCCAUUUCUCCCACACCUCAGUACCUCUCAAGUAUAUAUUUCAUUUUCUCAAGUACAAGUGUAGCAGUUCCUGGGAUCAAUUACAUUUGAUGUAAAUGGGAAUGCUGAAUGUAGUUUAAUUAAUGUACAGCAACUGAAUAAAUAUGAAAGAACACAA